AUGCUUGGUUUUCUUAAGAGCGUGGAUGUUUUGCCGAAAAAGCCCGCAUCGCUGAAAAUGAUGGAUGAUCCUGUGGUACUUAGCACCAUACAGAGUCCUUAUGGAGAUGAUAAUAAAUAUCUUCAAAGAAUGCAGUGUGUAGGGAGAGAUAAAAUCUUGACGACUGGAAAUAGUGGUGAAAUAAAGCAGAUUGACAGGAAUGGAUUAAUUCUACAAACUAUGCCUACAUAUGAUCUGGUGUGGGCAUUGUCCAUUACUUUACAACAGGAACCAGUGUUUUCUCUUUCCAUCGUUACUAUUAAAAGAACAGAGAUCUAUAUAUAUAAACAGGACAAAAUAGAACUGUUACUUUGCUUGAAGGACUGGUAUCCAGUCGGUCUAUGCUACGCAAAGAAUGGAGAUCUUCUAGUAAGCAUGCGCUCUACAGAUUUGAAGCGGAGUAGAAUAGCACGAUACUCAGGGUCCACAGAGAUUCAAGAGAUCCAGUACGACGGUCUAGGACAAUCUUUGCUUUCUACUGAUAUCGCAUAUUUGUUUCCCGUUACUGAAAAUAGCAAUGGAGAUAUCUGCGUUGCUGAUUAUGCAGGGAUGGAGGUUGUAGUGAUGGAUCCUGCAGGCAUAUUACGAUUCAAAUAUUCGGGAAACCCAAAUUACAGAGACUUUAGACCAUUUCAUAUUGCUUCUGAUGUCAAUGCUCAAAUCCUGACAUUUGAUACCUUAGGCAACCUUAUCCAUAUCAUCGAUGGUGAUGGUAACUUUGUCCGUUAUAUUGAACACCCGUGUUAUGGAGGACUGAGUAUUGAUACGGACCACAACCUUGUAAUUGGAGACAGACAUACUGAAAAAUUAAAAUCAUCAAAUAUUUGGAAUAAUGAACUUUAA